AACAUAUAUCAACUGUCUCGUGAUCGAUCUAUAUUCUAUACUAAUCAUACUUAACCAUUAGUUUUUUUUUGGUUUGAAAAAGUAAAAAAUAAAAUGUGACGUUACCAACAACAAAUAAUAGCAUCAAACAAAAUCUAAAAUCAAAGAAACGAACAAGUAGAAGAAGAUUUGAUUUGGUUCAAGUCCCACCCACCGAUGUUGGCAUGUAAUAGUCUCUGCGCCUGCCACGUGGCAUUCUCCUACAAUUCUACAGUUCUCCGGUUGAAGAAGAACCCUCAGCUCAUUCUCCAAAGAACAUCACACCUCGUUACCGCCGCUUCUUCUUCCUUACAUUUCGCUUUGGAUUCUCAGAGCUUCAAGUCCAUUGAAUCCCAUGAUGCAUCACGGUUACCUUGGAUUGGUCCAGUUCCAGGUGAUAUUGCUGAAGUGGAAGCAUAUUGUAGGAUUUUUAGAAAUUCUGAGACCCUUCAUUAUGCAUUAAUGGAUGCUUUAUGUAACCCUUUUACUGGUGAAUGUAGUGUUUCAGAUGAUGUUCCGUCGCAUGAGAAACCUGUCCUUGAAGAUAAAAUUGUUUCUGUACUUGGAUGUAUGGUUGCUCUUGUUAAGAGUGGGAGGGAGGAUGUUCUUUCUGGAAGAUUUUCCUUUAUGUCUCCCUCCUGUGCUUCCGGGGUUGGCAUGAUGGAGGAAAGCCUCCCUCCACUCGCUAUUUUCAGAGGCGAGAUGAAAAGGUGUUGUGAGAGCUUGCAUGUUGCUCUUGAGAACUAUUUAAUUCCUGGUGAUGAUCGAAGUUUGGAUGUGUGGAGGAAACUUCAGAGAUUUAAGAAUGUAUGCUAUGAUUCCGGUUUUCUUCAUAGAGAAGAGGAUCCGUGUCCUACACUAUUUGCAAACUGGAGUCCUGUAUAUUUGUCCAGUUCCAAAGAGGACUCAGAGUCCAAUGAAUCAGAAGUUGAUUUUUGGACAGGUGGGCAGGUAACAGAAGAAGGCCUCAAGUGGCUUCUGGAUAGAGGAUAUAAAACUAUUGUGGAUCUUAGAGAAGAGACUGUAAUAGAUAAUUUUUACCAAGCUGCUCUGAGUGAUGCUAUUUCAUCUGGAAGUAUUGAAUUGGUCAAAAUUCCAGUUGAAGUUGGGUCUGCGCCUAAAAUGGAACAGGUUGAGAGGUUUGCAUCUCUUGUUUCAGAUAACAGCAGAAGGCCAAUCUAUCUGCACAGCAAAGAAGGAGUUUGGAGAACGUCUGCCAUGGUUUCCAGAUGGAGGGAAUACAUGGCUCACUCUGCAUCGCCUGCAUUGCAGUAUGUUUCUAAUCAAGCAGUUAUUUCCAAUGACAUAUUAUCAGAUUAUACAAAUGGGUCUGGGAAUCUGCAGGACUCAAAGCCUGCUGAGAGAUCCUCCCUUGAAAAAGAUACUGCAUUGUUGAAAGAGGGUUUAGGUGCAAUACAUAGUUCUGUUGACUCAUUUGACCAAUGUACCUCUCCAAAUAAGAACAAUGAAAAAACACAACGUAAUGGGGCCUUAAGUGGAAUUGUUUCUAAUGAUAAGACUUCAUCACAAGAUACUGCUGAUGACGGGGAAAGAUAUUUUCCCACUUUCUCCAGCAAAACUAACCCUUUAGAUGCUCAAGUUCCACCUCAGGAUGCCUUUUCCAAAAAAGAGAUGUCCAGAUUUUUGGGAAGUAAAAAGAUUGCGAGACCCUCUUGUUCCAGUAAUCAGGUCAAAAGGUUGGAAUGCUUGCAAGAUUCAAGGAGCAUGCUUAAUAGAAGACUGCAGGGGCAAGUGAUUAUCGACAGUGGUCAUAAUCCUGAACCUAAAAUUGUGGGCCCAGCAGAAAGUUCCUAUGGGUCUGCUCAGAUUGCCGUUGGUAACAAAUGGAAGUUAGCGAAUAUGAAUACUUCCAGUUCUGUUAGGACAACAGUUAAUGCUUUUAGUGAAAGAGAAAUGUAUCACAUGACUGAUGUCAAUGAUAUUGAUAAUACAACUAACUCUCAAAGGAUUUUAACCGAUGAUGAUAAGGUGAGGGAAGACUUGGGAUUCACUGCAGGAGACAUGUGUGCAUCUUCAACUGGAGUUGUAAGGCUGCAGUCAAGAAAAAAAGCAGAGAUGUUCCUAGUACGAACCGAUGGAUUUUCUUGUGUGAGAGAGAAGGUGACCGAAUCUUCUUUGGCCUUCACGCAUCCUAGCACUCAGCAACAAAUGCUAAUGUGGAAAUCUACCCCAAAGACUGUGUUAUUGUUGAAAAAGCCCGGGGAGCACCUCAUGGAAGAAGCUAAAGAGGUUGCUUCUUUUCUAUAUAACCAAGAGAAAAUGAACGUAUUCGUGGAACCUGAUGUGCAUGAUAUAUUUGCUAGAAUUCCCGGAUUUGGAUUCAUUCAGACCUUCUAUACUCAAGAUGCCUGUGAUCUACACGAGAAAGUAGAUUUUGUGGCAUGUUUGGGGGGAGAUGGCGUUAUAUUGCAUGCUUCAAAUCUAUUUAUAGGCGCUGUUCCCCCUGUUGUGUCAUUUAACCUUGGUUCCCUUGGUUUUCUGACUUCUCAUAGUUUUGAAGACUACAAGCAGGACCUUCAACAUGUCAUCCAUGGAAAUAACAAACAAGAUGGUGUAUACAUCACUCUCAGAAUGCGUCUCAGAUGUGAAAUUUUCCGUAAGGGUAAAGCUAUGCCAGGGAAAGUAUUUGAUAUUCUCAAUGAAGUUGUUGUUGAUCGGGGUUCAAAUCCGUACCUUUCCAAGAUUGAAUGCUAUGAACAUGAUAGACUUAUAACAAAGGUACAAGGGGAUGGAGUGAUCAUAGCCACUCCUACUGGAAGCACUGCCUAUUCUACGGCUGCUGGAGGUUCUAUGGUCCAUCCAAAUGUUCCAUGCAUGCUGUUUACCCCAAUCUGUCCACAUUCACUCUCAUUUAGACCAGUUAUACUUCCAGAUUCUGCUCAACUUGAAUUAAAGAUUCCACAGGAUGCUAGAAGCAAUGCCUGGGUUUCAUUUGAUGGGAAGAAAAGGCAGCAACUUUCAAGAGGAGAUUCAGUACGAAUAUCUAUGAGUCAGCAUCCUCUUCCAACAGUUAACAAGUUUGACCAAACAGGUGAUUGGUUUCAUAGCUUGAUUCGAUGCUUAAAUUGGAAUGAAAGACUUGACCAAAAGGCCCUAUAAAGCAUAUGAAAAUGAAGAUCAGAUCUGCAUUAUUCUCUUGUAUAGGUUUGAUUGUGUAGUUUUGGUACAUAUUAUAGAUAUACGGCUUCCCAUAAAAAUAUAGGGUUCACUAAUGGUUUCUCCACUUUAUUGUGGCAAGAUUCUGUUGUACACUGACAUCGAAAUCUAUAAUUACUUGAUCUUAGAAGCAGCUCAUUGGCUCAUCUCAAAGUUUAUUAGUCUGCCAGACUGCAGACUUCCUUAUCUCAUUAGAGGUAGCAGUUAUAGUUUUUAUAGUUUCUAAGAUAUUUGUACUACUAUUACUAUUUGGAAUAUGAAUCUUCUCUCUCUCUCUAUUUCAUCGCAUUCUUUGGUCAAA